AUGGUAGCAUUUGUGGUGUUGCUGCUGGCACUGCUUCCUGAAAUGACAUGCAAGACUCACAUUGUGAAGUGUCAUGUCCAUGAUCCACACCCUCCACUUCACAAGUAUCACCAGUCAGGAGACCUCAUCCUUGGUGGCCUAGCUUCUCAGAUCUUCAUAAUCUCCAAACAAUUAUCCUUCACUGAAGAACCUCCACCAACAUUGUUUGAAGAACUUAUUGUAGUGCCUAAGAAUUACCAGCACAUCCUUGCCUUGGCAUUUGCAGUAAAGGAGAUCAAUGGCAACCCUCAGAUCUUAUCCAAUACAACCUUGGGCUUCCACAUCUUUGACAGCUAUUUCAUAGCAAGGGGGACUUAUCAUGCCACACUGCUCCUUACGUCCAGCCCAGACAGAUUCGUCCCAAACUACAAAUGUGACACUCAGAAUGAUUUGAUAGCCGUCAUUGGGGGACUUGACCCCCUAACCUCUCUUCAUGCAGCAACAGUCUUGGAUAUCUACAAAAUUCCACAGCUCACAUAUGGUCCUGCUCCCAUCAUGCAUGAUAAAACUCCAGGCCUCUCCUUCUACCAAAUGGUCCCCCAGGAAGCCCUUCAGUAUGAGGGGAUUCUCUCCUUACUUCUGCAUUUCAGGUGGACAUGGAUUGGGCUCCUUACGAUGGAACUUGAGAAUGGAGAACAAUUUGUGCAGAGAGUGGUUCCAAUGUUUUCCUCCAGUGGUAUCUGUUUUGCCUUCAUAGAAAGAAUCCCCAAAGUAUCUUUCAUCACCGAAGCUAAAGACUUGUUACAAGAGGGUGCAAAAAUACAUGAUAAAGUAAUGGGUAGCAAUGCCAAUGUUAUAGUCGUCUAUGGAGAAUCUUACUCAAUGAUAUUUCUUAGAUGGUUUCCAUAUUUAUCAGAAGAAGAAGAGAUGGGAGAGGAUGCAAGAGGUAAAGUGUGGAUAAUGACAGCCCAGAUGGAGCUGACUUCUGCAGUUUAUCAAAGGACUUGGGAUACACAAAUAAUCCAUGGGGCUCUGUCUUUCACAAUUCACUCUAAUGCUCUACCAGAAUUUCACAAAUUUCUUGAACACAUAAGUCCCUCCACCACAAAUGGUGAUUAUUUCAUCAAGGACUUCUGGCAACAAGCCUUUGCUUGUGUCUUCCCUAGUACAGUCACAGAUGUUAUGGAUCCAAAUAUUUGCACUGGAGAGGAGAACCUGGAAAUGCUUCCUACACCUUUUUUUGAAAUGAGCAUGACGGGCCAUAGCUACUGUAUAUACAAUGCUGUUUAUGCCAUGGCCCAUGCUCUCCAUGUCAUGUCCUCAUCCAGACUCAAUUCAAGAUUACUGGAAGACAAUAUGAAGCUGACAUCUCAGGUUUAUCAGCUGUGGCAGUUUCAUCAUUUCCUCAGAGGAGUGUCAUUUAAUAAUAGUGCGGGAGACAAAUUUUCCUUCAACCAGAAGGGGGAGUUGGAAGCUGGGCUUGAUAUUAUUAAUUGGAUUGCUUCGCAAAACCAAUCCUUUCAUAAAGUUGAAGUUGGGAGAAUGGAUCCCCAGACAUCUUCGGGGAAAAUGUUCACCAUCCAUGAGGAUGCUAUAACAUGGCACAAGUGGUUUAAUCAGUUCAACCUAAUACCCACGCCUUGUAUCUUAUCGCUUAUUUACCCCUCACCUGGCCUCAGGUAUCAUGCACAUGGGAAUGCAAACACUAAUUUCAAUAUGAGUGAUUGUUCCACAUGUUCAGAACAAACAUAUCCAAAUAAAAACCAUGAUUUAUGUAUUCCCAAGGAAAUAAGCUUCUUGUCUUUUGAAGAACCUGUGGGGCUAAGUUUAGCCCUUUCUGCUCUUUCCUGUUCUUUGGUCACCAUUCUAGUUCUCUUCACAUUUAUGAAGAACCACAACACUCCCAUUGUCAAAGCUAACAACCAGCAGCUCACCUACAUGCUUCUCCUCUCCCUCCUGCUCUGCUUCCUUUCUGCAUUGCUAUUCAUUGGACAGCCUCAGAAGGUGACGUGUCUCCUCCGACAAACUGCUUUUGGCAUCGUCUUUUCAGUGGCUGUUUCUUGUGUGCUGGCAAAAACCCUCACUGUGGUUCUGGCUUUCAUGGCCACCAAGCCAGGAUCCAGAAUGAGGAAAUGGGUGGGAAAGAGGCUGGCCAAUUCCAUUGUACUUUCUUGCUCCCUUAUACAAGGAAGCAUUUGCAUUGUGUGGCUGGCAAUCUUUCCUCCGUUGCCAGAGGCUGAUGUACAUUCAGUGGCUGAACAAAUUAUACUUGGAUGUAAUGAGGGGUUUGUGACAAUGUUUUACUGUGUCCUUGGCUAUAUUGGCUUCCUGGCCAUUGCCAGCUUCAAUUUGGCCUUCCUUGCCAGGAAGUUACCCGACACGUUCAAUGAAGCCAAGUUUAUCACUUUUAGCAUGUUAGUGUUUUGCAGUGUGUGGUUAUCCUUUGUUCCAACCUACUUGAGCACCAAGGGGAAAUACAUGGUAGCUGUGGAGAUCUUUUCUAUCUUAGCCUCCAGUGCUGGAUUGUUGGUCUGCAUCUUUUCUCCCAAAUGCUACAUUAUUUUGUUGAAGCCUGAAUUGAACAGAAGGGAACAGCUAAUACGAAGAACCAAUUGA